UCCCCAGUUCCAUCAAAGCGAACCCGGGCCAGCGCAAGGAUCUCCGAGUUGCGAGUGUGCUGAGGCUGGGACUGUCACUCAUUCUCCGAUCAGCGCGUGAACGCAGCUCGGCAGCCGCUGGCAGGAAACAAUUCUGCAAAAAUAAUCAUACUCAGCCUGGCAAUUGUCUGCCCCUAGGUCUGUUGCUCUGCCGCCGUCCACACUCGCUGCAAGGGGGGGCCACAGAAUUUAUCGCGGCAAGAACAUCACUCCCAGCCAGCAGAUUACAAUGCUGCAAACUAAGGAUCUCAUCUGGACUUUGUUUUUCCUGGGAACUGCAGUUUCUCUGCAGGUGGAUAUUGUUCCCAGCCAAGGGGAAAUCAGCGUUGGAGAAUCCAAAUUCUUCUUAUGCCAAGUGGCAGGAGAUGCCAAAGAUAAGGACAUCUCCUGGUUCUCCCCCAACGGAGAAAAGCUCAGCCCAAACCAGCAGCGGAUCUCGGUGGUGUGGAACGACGAUUCCUCCUCCACCCUCACCAUCUACAACGCCAAUAUCGAUGAUGCCGGCAUUUACAAGUGUGUGGUCACUGGUGAGGAUGGCAGCGAGUCCGAGGCCACCGUCAACGUGAAGAUCUUCCAGAAGCUCAUGUUCAAGAAUGCACCAACCCCACAGGAGUUCAGGGAGGGGGAAGAUGCCGUGAUCGUGUGUGAUGUGGUCAGCUCCCUCCCCCCAACCAUCAUCUGGAAACACAAAGGCCGAGAUGUCAUCCUGAAAAAAGAUGUCCGAUUCAUAGUCCUGUCCAACAACUACCUGCAGAUCCGGGGAAUCAAGAAAACAGAUGAGGGCACUUAUCGCUGUGAGGGCAGAAUCCUGGCACGGGGGGAGAUCAACUUCAAGGACAUUCAGGUCAUUGUGAAUGUGCCACCCACCGUCCAGGCCAGGCAGACCAUUGUGAAUGCCACCGCCAACCUGGGCCAGUCUGUCACCUUGGUGUGUGAUGCUGAAGGCUUCCCAGAGCCCACCAUGAGCUGGACAAAGGAUGGGGAACAGGUAGAGAAUGAGGAAGACGAUGAGAAGUACAUCUUCAGUGAUGACAGCUCUGAGCUGACCAUCAGGAAGGUGGACAAGAACGAUGAAGCCGAGUACGUCUGCAUUGCUGAGAACAAGGCCGGCGAGCAGGAUGCAUCUAUACACCUCAAAGUCUUUGCAAAACCUAAAAUAACCUAUGUAGAGAAUCAGACAGCCAUGGAACUGGAGGAGCAGGUCACUCUUACCUGUGAAGCCUCAGGAGACCCCAUUCCUUCCAUCACUUGGAGAACUUCCACCCGAAACAUCAGCAGCGAAGAAAAGGCUUCGUGGACUCGACCAGAGAAGCAAGAGACUCUGGACGGGCACAUGGUGGUUCGCAGCCAUGCCCGCGUGUCAUCCCUGACCCUGAAGAGCAUCCAGUACACAGAUGCUGGAGAGUACAUCUGCACUGCCAGCAACACCAUCGGCCAGGACUCCCAGUCCAUGUACCUUGAAGUGCAAUAUUCCCCCAAGCUACAGGGCCCUGUGGCUGUGUACACUUGGGAGGGGAACCAGGUGAAUAUCACCUGUGAGGUUUUUGCCUACCCCAGUGCUACAAUCUCCUGGUUCCGAGAUGGCCAGUUACUGCCAAGCUCCAACUUUAGCAAUAUCAAGAUCUACAACACUCCCUCUGCCAGCUAUCUGGAGGUGACCCCAGACUCUGAAAAUGAUUUUGGAAAUUACAACUGUACUGCAGUGAACCGCAUCGGACAAGAGUCCUUGGAAUUCAUCCUUGUUCAAGCAGAUACCCCAUCUUCACCAUCCAUCGACCAGGUGGAGCCAUACUCCAGCACAGCACAGGUGCAGUUUGAUGAGCCAGAGGCCACAGGUGGAGUGCCCAUCCUCAAAUACAAGGCUGAAUGGAGAGCACUGGGAGAAGAAGCAUGGCAUGUCAAGUGGUAUGAUGCCAAAGAAGCCAACAUGGAGGGCAUCGUCACCAUCGUGGGCCUGAAGCCUGAGACGACAUAUGAGGUGCGGCUGGCGGCCCUCAAUGGCAAGGGGCUGGGAGAGAUCAGCGCAGCCUCCGGGUUCAAGACACAGCCAGUCCAUAGCCCUCCUCCACGGGAGCCCAGUGCACCUAAACUCGAAGGGCAGAUGGGAGAGGAUGGGAACUCUAUUAAGGUGAACUUGAUCAAGCAGGACGACGGCGGCUCCCCCAUCAGACACUAUCUGGUCAAGUACCGAGCGAAGAUGUCCUCCGAGUGGAAACCAGAGAUCAGGCUCCCGUCUGGUAGUGACCAUGUCAUGCUCAAGUCCCUGGACUGGAAUGCUGAGUACGAGGUGUAUGUGGUGGCUGAGAACCAGCAAGGGAAGUCCAAGGCAGCUCAUUUUGUGUUCAAGACCUCGGCCCAGCCCACAGCCAUCCCAGCCAAUGGCAGCCCCACCUCAGGACUGAGCACCGGGGCCAUCGUGGGCAUCCUCAUUGUCAUCUUCGUGCUGCUCCUGGUGGUCGUGGACAUCACCUGCUACUUCCUGAACAAGUGUGGCCUGCUUAUGUGCAUCGCCGUCAAUCUGUGUGGAAAAGCUGGGCCUGGAGCCAAGGGCAAGGACAUGGAGGAGGGCAAGGCGGCCUUCUCGAAAGAUGAAUCUAAGGAGCCCAUCGUGGAGGUUCGAACUGAGGAAGAACGGACCCCAAACCAUGACGGAGGGAAACACACAGAACCCAAUGAGACCACGCCGCUGACAGAGCCCGAGCUGCCUGCCGACACCACAGCCACUGUCGAGGACAUGCUGCCUUCUGUCACCACUGUCACCACUAACUCUGACACUAUCACCGAAACCUUUGCCACUGCACAGAACAGCCCCACCAGUGAGACCACCACCCUGACUUCCAGUAUUGCCCCGCCGGCCACGGCCGCGCCGGACUCAAAUUCUGUGCCCGCUGGGCAGGCCACCCCUUCCAAGGGGCCCAGCGUUGCUGCCUCCUCCCCGCCCCCAGCUUCAGCCCCUAAGGUUGCGCCCCUUGUUGACCUGAGUGAUACCCCGACCUCAGCUCCUGCCAGCAAUUUGUCUUCUAGUGUCCUGGCCAAUCAAGGAGCUGUCCUCAGCCCAAGCACCCCAGCCAGUGUGGGGGAGGCCUCUAAGGCCCCUGCGGCCAGCAAGCCGACCCCCGCACCAACCCCCACCCCCGCUGGAGCAGCCAGUCCCCUAGCAGCAGCAGCCGCCCCUGCCACAGAAGCCCCCCAGGCCAAGCAGGAGGCUCCCAGCACCAAAGGCCCGGACCCGGAGCCCACCCAGCCCGGCGCUGCGAAGAGCCCACCUGAGGCAGCCACAGCCCCCGCUAGCCCGAAGAGCGAGGCUGCCUCCGUCAGCGCCACAAACCCUUCCCAGGGCGAGGACUUUAAAAUGGACGAAGGGAACUUCAAGACCCCAGAUAUUGACCUUGCAAAGGAUGUUUUUGCAGCCCUGGGCUCUCCUGCUCCCGCCGCUGGGGCCAGUGGACAAGCCCCUGAGCUUGCUCCUUCCACUGCAGACAGCUCUGUUUCGCCAGCACCAGCAAAGACCGAGAAGGGCCCUGUAGAAGCAAAGUCGGAGUCCCAGGAGUCAGAAACAAAGCCAGCGCCAGCCGAAGUCAAGACGGUCCCCAACGACGCCACACAAACAAAGGAGAAUGAGAGCAAAGCAUGAUGGGUGAUGAGCAACGAGCAGAAAUCAAAAUAAAAAGUGACACAGCAGCUUCACCAGAGCAUUUCCAAUACCACACACGCGCGCGCGCACACACACACACACACACAGUCUCAUUCCUCUAGUGUCUUUUGCCUUUAAAAAAAAAAACUAAACAGAUAAACAUGGGAUCUCCUUUUUGUAGGUUUAUAGAAAGGGCUCCUUUGUUGCACACUCACUUGUAAGAAAAUGAGACAAAAAGGUUAAACCCACAGCCAAACUAGGACACUCCGUUCCCUGAAACCAUUUAAAAAUCAAACAAAAGGACCCCAAAUUAAGAAUCUAGGAAGCUAAGGGAAAAAAAAAAAUCUAGGUUCAGAAAGACCACACUUGGUGUUACCGAUUGGCACAGACCAGUUUCAGAGAAAUACUUUCAGGCACUAAGACUAACCGAAUGAACAAAGUCCACAGUUUAUUUUUAUACUUUCAGUCGAGUUCGAACUCUGUAAAACCUCAUAAAUAAGUUAUCAUUUCUGUUCACUUUGUAUUUGUUCAGUAUGCAAAGUGUGUCACCUUUCUAGCUGAAUUCAGUUCCCACGUAGACUCUUGUUUUGUAGGAAAAAUGCCAAAUUGCAGCUUCUGGGGGUAGAUCUCAAUUUGCAGUAUUCGGACUUCUUUUGCUUUCUUUUCCUUUGGCUGUUGUUUUGUUGUUUGUGUUGGUUUCCUCCCUUCCUUUCUGCCAACUUUGUUUUCCAGUGUUUACAGGUUGACAAAUGUUUGACUUCGGUUGUGUUUAAAUGUCCAUGUAAAAUAGCUGCUUUUUGUUGUUGUUGUUGUUGUUGUUGUUGUUUUUGUUUUUCUCUUCUUUUUUAGAGUUACAAAUACCGCCUAGAGGUAGGUAGGAUCCUCGUGGGCUUGCUUUAGCACAGGGUGACUUUACAAAAGAUGAUUGUUUACAGUGGUUCUACCCCCUUUUCUGAUUUGCAGUUUUUGCCUGUGUUCAGCUCAGGUGAAAAUCCAUCUCAUUGGAAUGGUUUUGCCUUUCUAUUUUCAGUUCUUUUUGUGUUUUCUUUGGGGGUUAGACCACUUUCUGAUUAGCUGCCACCUGCCUGUAUCUGUGACAAAGGAUCUGCCUCCCAGGCGUUCUCGCCCUUCCUUUUGAAGGACUCCUUAGGCUUUGUUGAAUGAAGCAGAGAAGAUUGUAUAGUUGGGGCUGGUCUUGGUGAACACACAUUUAUACCCCAAACAUCCCCUUUUUGUAGAAAGCCAAAUAAAAUAUAUACAUCCCAUUUCCUUUUGAGCCCAGAAUCUAGAUUUGAGCGGAAGAGCAUGUGUGCUUCAGGGAAUUAGUGUCUUUUUUUGGAAAUCUGUUGAAGUCAAGUAACAUCGGCCUUCUGUUCAUUUUAGGCAGCAUUUGUAGAAACAAAGAAAAAAAAAACUACUGUCUGGAGUCAUAACACAACUUUCCUGGAUUGGAAACCAAGUGGGGGAAAAAUACAGAAACUUUAAGGGGGAUGGGAGGGGGGAGAAGGGAAAAGCCAGCCCUUUGUAUAGAAAUUUUGCUUUUGUUUCUCAUUCUACUUUAGAACUGCAAGCUUGUGCACUGUGGAUGCGUGAAUAUUUUAGUGUGAAACGUGUUUUUGUCAUAGUAUUGAAAUAAAACUUCAACAUAGUUUGGUUGUGGAAGGUAUAGCAGAUAGUUCAGAAAAACAUUCAGGAAACAAAAAUAACUCUUAAAAGGAAUCGAAGCCUUUAAACAAAGAAAAUAAAAUAAAGAUGAUGAUGAUGGUCAUGAAGAGGAUGCUAAGUCAACAGAAAUUGGUCCUCUUCCGGCAUGCGUUCCUUUCCCAAGGUACAAGCAGUGUGAGGCCCGGGGUGGCAAGGCUGCCUCCGCAUCCGCCCUGUGGGCCACUCCCCCCAAGGUUCUGACACUUCUGCAGUCUGAUCAGUGGCAAUGCUAGAUUAUAAUUUCAAACUGUGAAAAAUAAUGGUCUUGUCAUUUGCUAAAUGUGGGGUUAUUUUGCAUUUUCUCAGCUCCUGGGGAUGGAAAUGGAGGAUCCCAGAAUACACAGUCCUGGCCCCUUUGAUUCUAGGGUCUGCACAGAUCUAGAGUUCAAAUGCACAGGCCUUCAGGACCAAGUAGCAUGGAGACAGCUCUUAGCGUGCACUGGGCAGAAUGGGAGAGGUGGGCGCCUGAGGCAGGGAGGGCCUGGUGGGGAGGGGCCAGCUCUUGGGUUGCCAGGCUGUUCAGUAGAAUCGAUUCCUUAUUUUGUGAUUUUAAUGCCUUGACCUCCUAGGUCCAGGCCAUAUGAUACUUCCUGGAGACCCGGAGACACCAUGUAUUUCACUCUAAGUGGGUGUGGUUAGGCAAACUAAUUUUGGUUCUGUUGGUGAGGAAGAGACAGAAGUACAGUCAGCCCUCAGAUAACCUGGCCCAGGGCAGCUGACCCCCCAGAACCCUGGCCCACCACGAGCUGGAACCCAAGACUGCCCACACUUCCGUCUGCCGCUCUUGCUUUUACACAUAUGUUUGUCUCCGCAUGCAUGAGCCUUCCUUAUCUUUUUCUUUUCUUUUUUAUUUUUAAAGAGCAAUGCUUCCUCUAAAAUCAAAGAGGGAGUCACUUUAUUCUCAAGAUCUUCUAUCUUUUAUGUUAAGAGAUAAAAGCUUAUAAUUUUUCUUUUUUAAUUUUUGGAAGGAGGGAUCAACUCCACCAGUUUCCGUGUCGAUGUGUCUAUAUGUGUAUGUGCCAUACAUAUGUAUUCACAUGAAGACCGGCUUGGCCAAGUUCUGCGGGAGGCACUCAGGUGCCACGGACAGGUCUCCAAUCCUGAAGGGCCGCAGUGUAUAUAGAGCAGCUUUGACGUGGAACUCUAUUUUCACACUUUUCUAUGGAACCUCCCACAUCCCAGGUUUUCAUCCUAGGCUGUCUGUCUGGAUGGCGGUUUUCAAACCUCCAUUAACAUCCCUACCCAGCAUUCUGUACUUCGGGGGCCUUCUCUCUUGUUAUAAAACUUUUUACCAAGUGAAACAUCAGCACCACCUUUGUUUCCAUUCUCACUGGUGUAAAUACUGAGUACUAACUGAGAAUUUUGACUUUGCAUUCUGUCAGAAUACUUGUGUUCAAUAAAAAUUGAAAGAAAAAAAAGCA